GAAGGAGGGAGGGUGGAACAGAGGUAGAGAGAUUCACACAGCAUAGCCCUCACAGGGUAUACAGCAUCGCUCUGAAACGCACUCACGAGCAAACAAAAAGCGAGGCUAAACGCAUCAAAAUAUUUUAACGACAACAGGAACACAGUCCUUCAGCAAAGAUGGGGCCUGGAUUGUUCUGGAACUUCCCAUCCAAGGCUAGCUGCACGGUUCCACAGAGCCUGCUGCAGACAAUGUUGCUCUCCAGGAUGGCUGGCAUGAAGGAUCAGCAGUUCACUGAAGAGAAACCGCUACUGCCAGAUUCCAGGGGACAGGAAACAGAGAUGGCUAAAGGACAGUCUGUGCACGUGCUGCCCUCUGCUACGCCUCCCCCCCCCACGGCUCGCCCCCCAAAACGCUGGCAUGCCAUCGCCCAACACUGGCUCGGCCUGACGCGCCGUCGGACCAGCGGGUACUUCCCGGAAAACUGCGAGACCUUCGUAGCCACUGGAGACUGGAAGGAACAUGACAUUGAAACCCCUUAUGGGAUGCUGCACGUGGUGAUCCGUGGCGCUCCCAAGGGCAACAAGCCAGCUAUUCUGACCUACCAUGAUGUUGGGCUGAACCACAAGCUGUGCUUCAACAGCUUCUUCCAGAACGAAGACAUGCUGGAGAUCACUAAGCACUUUGUGGUGUGCCAUGUAGAUGCCCCAGGCCAGCACAUUGGAGCCCCCCAGAUGCCUCAAGGAUAUCAGUAUCCCACUAUGGAUCAGCUAGCUGGGAUGCUUCCUAGUGUGGUGCAACACUUUGGCUUCAAAAGCAUUGUCGGAAUUGGAGUUGGGGCUGGAGCCUACAUCCUGGCCAAAUUCGCGCUGAUUUUCCCUGAUCUUGUGGAGGGUCUGGUUCUGCUAAACAUUGAUCCCAAUGGAAAAGGAUGGAUCGACUGGGCUGCCACUAAACUGUCAGGACUCACCAGUACUUUACCAGACACCGUACUGACCCAUCUUUUCAGCCAGGAGGAGCUUAUGAGCAACACAGAAGUUGUGCAGAACUACCGCCAGCAGAUCAACAACACCAUCAACCAGUUCAACCUGCAGCUCUUCUGGAAUAUGUACAACAGCCGCAGGGAUUUGGAAAUGAACCGCAGUGGCUCUGUGAUAAAUGCUAAGACCCUCAGAUGCCCAGUCAUGCUGGUAGUUGGGGACAAUGCUCCGGCUGAGGAGGGGGUGGUUGAGUGCAAUUCCAAGCUGGAUCCAACCAACACCACAUUCCUGAAGAUGGCUGAUUCAGGUGGAAUGCCUCAGAUCACACAGCCUGGCAAACUCACAGAGGCAUUCAAGUACUUCCUGCAGGGAAUGGGUUACAUUGCUUAUAUGAAGGAUCGGAGAAUGAGUGGGGGGCCAGUGCCCUCGGCCAGUAUGACCCGUCUCGCUCGCUCCCGAACGGCCUCUCUGACCAGCGCCGGCUCUGUGGAUGGAUCUCGCAACCGCGCAUGCACACACUCGGACAGCAGCGAGGGCGUCGGGCAGGUCAGCCACACCAUGGAAGUGUCCUGCUGAACCCUUGCGCACUUUCUCACACGCACACAUUUAGAGAGAUGUGGCAUGGAAGGGAGGGCGUGAGAAGAAUGAUGCUCUCCAUAUUGCGUUCAUUCUUUCUUUGUCAGCCAUUUUCUAUGUCCUUUAAUCUCUCUGUUUUUUUUUUCAAUGUUAGCCAUCAUAAAGGAAUAGUUCACCCAUAAAUGAAAUGACUUGCGUCAGGGAUGAUAACCUGUAUGACCUAAUUUCUUCUAUAGAACACAAAAUGAGAUGGUUCAAACGUCAGUUCACCAAAUAAUGACAGUGAAUCUUUUUGUCAUGAGAUGGCUUGGGAAGACCUAUAAUAUAGUUCAUAGGUCAUAUGAGCUACUUUAAUGAUGCUUGAAUAGUGUAUGUUCUGGAACGUGAUGACACUUCCACUUUCACAAUAUGCAAGAGAGCAUCUUGGACAUACUACUAAAUAUCUACUUUUCUGUUCCACAUGAAGAUGAGAAGCCAUUCCGGUUUGGGAGAACUUUGAUUGGUGUUCAUUUUGAGCUGAACUAUUCCUGUAUAAAAUAAAGACUUGCUGCCCCCCCACCCCCCUCCCCCCUUCCGAACAGUGUUUGGUUCCCCCUACGUUGUAACACGGUUACUUACAGUAUCUCUCUGUGUGUCAGUAUUUCUGCACCCUUCGCUUGCUGCCUCUAGCCUUCACCUCCUCCUUAGAGAAAACUACAAAUCCCAUCGGCCCUUGCUCUCACUCAUUCCUGUCCUAUGACAGUCUUUGAGGAUUGGGUUGCAGGUCGAAGGGACCCAACCUAAGGAAGAGAUCGAAACAAAAAACGAGACAGAGAGGGUUCCUAAUUAGUGAUUUAUGACUGAACUUUGCAGCCAUAUAGUGCUCUCCCUCUCAAAAGAAAGUGAAGGGAUUAUGUUGUCGAAGAGGGUGGAAAUCUCUUAAACAGUAAACAGUAGCUUUCGGCCAAUCAUCUCACCUCAUUCAGCCAUCAGGGUCAACCGGUAGUUAUAGGAACUAUGCGGGAGCUAAUAGGAAGUAAUGUUGUAAUUACCACUAUUUCUGUACCCGAAGUGCGUCAUUGAAGAACAUCAGCAACUGACGUAGAAUUGAAUCUCUGAGGCUAAUAGUCUUUAAUAGUUCCUAUUGUGCUUGGGUUAGAUCCUACUCUCAUGUAGAAGCCAGUUUAGUUCCUGAAAAAUAAGCCUGUAAUUUAAACCAUUUUUUAAGAGUUCACGCUUAGCUGAUGAUUGAUUAUAAAGCAUGUUUGGCAUGCUGUCCUGGGAGAGAGCCCUGAGCUCAUGAGAUCCUCGAGCAUGGGGCUCCCUCAUGGAGCAUGUCUGGAUUAGUCAAUUAACUUAAGCUGUAUGUUUUGGAUGGUGGGAGGAAACUGGGGAGAACAAGUAAACACAGUACAGAAAUGUCGACUGGCUUGGUAAGGACAAGAACCGGUGACGUUCUUGCUGUGAGGCAACAGUGCUAACCACUGGGCCGCUGUGCCGUCCAUCUAGGAAAGGAGGAGGAGUAGGGGUGGAAGGGGGGAUUCUUCAAAACGAAGAUGACUGUGGUACGGAACGUAGGUUAUUUAUGGUGACUUAGCAAUCGUCUGAUUGGUGAAUCAUGUAUUAGCUAAUGCGGGACCAGCUGUGAUCAAUCAUAAGCACUUGAUCCUCUCGAAAUGAGUUUAUAAAUAAACCUAACAAAGAUCCAGUAUUACAAACAAACACAAAGAAGACACUUUAGACGCUUUGGUGUAAAAAAAAAGUUAGUACUACUGGUUUGGGCCACUACAAAAAUGGUUCCUCUGAUGGAACUUCCACUAGUAAAUACAAUAAUACAUGUCUAGACCAAAAAACAAGCAAGUUCCUAUGGAAAUAGUUAGAGAGUUACUACAAAAACGUUCCUUAUGUGCAAACAAAAAAUGAAGAUUCUUCCAACAGGAGAAACUAUGAACAUGUUCAUUGUUUGGUGUGAAAGCUUCCAUUGGAAGCAUAUGUAUCACCACACACUGAAAGAAAAAAAAGAUUAUUGAUAGCUAAAUGUAAAUCAUGUAAAUCAGGCAUGAAAUACAGGUUUAAGUGAGAUGUAGAAAGACAUUGAGACACAUUUAUUUACCUUUUACACAGUGAAAAUCAUGUUAAAAAUAAGUGUGAAUGUCAAAAGUGACUAUCAAUGGAAAAUUGCUUUCAGUGUGAACAGCUCCUUUUUACCCAUUAACAUAAGCUGCGUGACCUGACCAAGGUUUGUUUACCAUGUUUAAAUGCUUAAUUUUGCCAUUCCUUCACAAUCAGUUGCACAAUAAAAUCAAGUCUCACUUCAUUAAAUACAACAUACCAUCCCACACGAGUACCCUUUUACCACACGCACUCCCUGUCAUAUGAAAGCGGCUUUGCCUGGGAUCGGUUCUUUACGGUCUCCUUUUCCUAGACAAUCAGUUUUUGACCUAAACCAAACCGAAACCGUGGACUGAGGCAGAGCCUGUGUGAUAAGAGUUUGCAGUGUAUUAGUGGUACAGAUUUAAAGCUUCGAGCUUCCCUUACAGCACCCAGCCCCGCAUGAAGAAUAUACCAAAGCUACUGAUACAGAUGACACACACUAAUGCAAACACACACAUUUCCCGAUGAGGGCUGGGCUCUGCAAGGUAACCGAGCUUUUGAAUGUAUACACAUGCACAAUUAAAUUAAUGUACACACACACAUUGCACAUACAUUCACACAGAACAUUAGAACUCAUUUAAAUUCAUACAUCCAGACACAUUUUACAUUUCAAGUUGUCAUAGAUUGGUAAACGUCUAUAGUGGCGAAUGGAAACUACAGUACAUUUAUUUUUAUGUUUCCAUUUGUGUCCAAAGAUAAAGCCUUGAUACCAUUUCUGUUACUUUCCUAAGAAGCUUUUGCUUUAAAAAAAUUUGGCGUGUUUUCAUUUGCCGCUUUGUUAAAAACACACCACAGAACAUACAGUGUAAUAGCAUAAAUGUAGAUUUUAAAAACUAAAUAAAAUCAUUUUCUGUAUAAUUCACGCAAUUAUUAUAAAGCAAUGUUUCUUCAUUGUCGUCCAUGGUCAUAAAACUCUGUUCAUGUGUGUGCAAACUGUACUCAUAAAAAAAAAAAAAAAGCAAAAAUCCUGAGAAUAAACAUAAAAAUUACAAUUAAAUGAGUGAACAAAACUGACUAAUUAAACUAAAAUACUCACCAAAAUUACUAAAUUGAUAGCAUAGACUGUAAAAGAUAUGUAGAAUUUGUGACAACAACCAUAGGUUUUUGAGGAGCGCAAAUGAAACUACAAGUAGGAAACUACUACCAAAAAAGGGGGCGAAGAGGCGGAGCGUGAGCUGAGCUACAGAUGUCUGCUAGCAUUUUGCUUAGACAGGCUUUUCUGGGAGACUUAAUAUAACUUCAAAUAAACGAUAUGGAUGAGUUUUAAAAAUUCACCCACCUCACAGAAGACAUCAAGGGUAAUAUUAGCUAUAUGUACCAAAAUCGUUUCAUGUAUCAGACUGUAAACACCUUUCUUUCUGCUGUAAAGUUGGCCAUUUCAACAGUGAGGUCAAUAGAAAUGCUGUAUUUUGGAGCUAGGACUAGCGGAAUUUCAAUGAAUUGCAGUUUCAGUUACUUUCGUAUUAGCUUUACGUGGUAGAGCAGAAUGUUAAUGCUUGAUUGAAAGACAUUCCACAGAUGGCUGAGCUGAGAUCUGAUUGGCUGAUGCAGCUAACGUGAGACUUCUGAGGGCGGAGCAACUGUUGACUGUCCAUUCCACACUCACGCUUUUCUGUCUUAUUGAAUGUCAAUAUUCCUGCGGCUUCCACGAACAGGAAGUGCACAAUUACAUACUUUUUCGGGGUGUUUCCUGCGCGUUGUCUAUAAGGGACGGGGCUUUCUGGAGCAAAUUUGGCUCCAAGCUCGGAAUGUAGGGCAAAUCCCACCCCCAACAAACCCAAUCCCCAAAACACAAGGUGCCCCGUCCCUCACAGAUACUUCCAGUCGCCCCAAAAGGGCUAUCGACCCAGGCAACGCAUCGCGAUCGACCUCGCUCCGUGCUAAGCUGGGCGCAGUACUGUAGAUACUGUACAAAGAGAAGCAUGAACGCGUGAAUAAGGAAUAAACGAUGAAUGUGAAAGAGGAACGAGAGGGAGAGGCGGAACGUUUAAAGGAGAUUAAAACGCAAAAUUCCGACCUGUUUCCUUCAAAAGGCUGAAUGGACAAACACACACACACACACACACACAUACGUUUAUCCCCGGUGUUUAUUUGCAUGAGUGUUGACAAUGCAACCCUCGUGUUUGUGUCGUUCUUCCUCAAGUUUCUGUUUGAAGUAUGCAGUCUUUAGCUCUUAUUAAGAAAUAAAGAGCAUGCCCACCUUUCAAAGGUGCACUUUUUCCCCGAUACCUGAUCUCCGCUUGGGGGCCCUGAAUGUAUGAUGUCUUUUUGAAAGUGCUGUACAGUAUUGUUAAUGUGGCCCCAUAUCACCUUUUAACUCGAAUCAGGGCUCGCACCAGUGUGACCUGCCAUACCUGCCUUCCCUUGCACCCUAAAUCUAUGUUCUACGCUGUAGAUAUUCGCUGUUUUCAGGGCACACGUCUAAAAAUAGGUCCGCCUUUUGUCAUGUGGAACUGUUACAUUUUGGAUUUCCCCUGAGUUCCUCUUUUUUAUAAUAUAGUAGCUCUUAUUUAACCAUGUGUUGCAUUUAUUCUCGUGAGGAUUCAAUGAGUAUUAUUAAUUAAUAUGAUUGCAAUUGUUACGAUUAGCCAUUGUUUUAUAUUAAGCAAUAAGUUGUUUGUGUUUUUUUUCUUCUUCUGGAAGGGGGCUGGUUGUUACAAAUGUGUCUAAAGAUACUGCGGUAGGAGUCACUCUUAUCCUGCUUUGCCAUAAGAAAACUACAAAAACUAAUGUGUUUCUGUAUUAUGUACAUCUAUAUACAAGCUGUCACUGUCUGUGUACUAAACAACUGUACGUGCAACAAAUAAAAAUGGAUAUACAAAAUGC